UGACGUUAUUGGCUUCAACAUUUUUGAAGCCAUGAGGUAUCCUCUUGAUAUAAAUGACUGUUAUUCUAUUGAUAUUUUGGAUGACCUUGCCCAGAAAAUGUUUGAGGCCAUGAAUGAGGAUACCCUAGCCACAACCCUCGAACAAGGAGUAGGGUACACAAAAGGUGGUGCCAUUAUCUCAAAGGAGGAAUUGAAGGACACUUGUGAAGGAAAGAUAAUUGAAAACGUCUCCUUCCUUGAAGCAUCCCCUUAUGUAGGUAAGUCUAAUUCUCCUUUGUCCAUUCAGUUAUCUACUAACAAGACUUUACCUUCAGUGGUCCAGGCCCCAGAACUUGAGCUUAAACCUCUUCCAGACCAUUUGAAGUAUGUCUACUUAGGAGACAAGGAGACCUUACCAGUGAUAGUGUCCUCUGCGCUUACGACUCCACAAGAAGAGAAGUUGGUGACUCUAAAUGAUGCCCAAAUGAAUUAUUCCACUACAGAGAAGGAGCUCCUUGCAGUUGCGAAACCAAGACUUAUCAGAUGGGUCCUACUCUUACAAGAGUUUGACGUUGAAAUCAAGGACAAGAAGGGUAGUGAAAACGUGGUAGCUGACCACUUGAGUCGUUUGGUACAUGCAGAAGACCCUCUCCCUCUGGUGGAGACGUUUCCAGAUGAGCAGCUUUUUGGACUUCAGGUAAGUGAACCAUGGUAUGCUGAUAUUGUGAACUAUAUUGUUUCUAGGAAGAUUCCUGAUACCAUGUCACGUGCUCAUAGAGAUAGGCUUAAGAAAACUGUUAAGCAAUAUGUUUGGGAUGAACCUUAUUUGUGGAAAUAUUGCUCUGAUCAACUGAUUAGGAGAUGUGUGCCUGAACAUGAAACUUGUGAUAGAUGCCAACGAACCGGAAAUCUAAGUUCUAGAGAUCAAAUGCCAUUGUCCAAUAUCAUAACUGUUGAAAUAUUUGAUGUCUGGGGCAUAGAUUUCAUGGGACCUUUCCCUUCAUCUUUUGGGUUUCUAUAUAUCUUACUUGCAGUGGACUAUGUUUCCAAAUGGGUGGAAGCAAAGGCCACUAGAACUAAUGACUCUAAGGUUGUUGCAGAUUUUAUCAAGUCUAACAUCUUUAGCAGGUUUGGAAUGCCUAGAGUUCUCAUUAGUGAUGGUGGAUCCCAUUUUUGCAAUCGGACGAUUGAGGCCUUGUUGAAGAAAUAUGAUGUUACACAUAAGGUUUCUACACCUUAUCACCCCCAAACUAGUGGGCAGGCUGAGGUCUCAAAUCGUCAGAUCAAGGGGAUAUUGGAAAAGACUGUAAACCCCAACAGGAAGGAUUGGUCCCUACGCUUGGAGGAUGCUUUGUGGGCCUACAGAACUGCAUACAAGACUCCCAUAGGUAUGUCCCCAUAUCGCAUUGUCUAUGGCAAACCUUGCCAUUUACCUGUGGAGUUAGAGCACAAAGCUUGGUGGGCUGUGAAGCAGUUUAACAUGGAUAUUGAUGAAGCUGGGCUUCAUAGGAAGCUGCAGUUGCAAGAGUUAGAGGAGAUUAGGAAUGAUGCUUUUGAAAGUGCCAACAUUUAUAAAGAAAAGACUAAGGCAUUCCAUGAUAAAAUGAUUCGAAGGAAGACUUUUCGUUUGGCUGGCCAUGAUUACUACUGCUUCUUGGAUGGCUACUCAGGCUACAAUCAGAUUGCCAUAGCCAAUGAAGACCAAGAGAAGACAACCUUCACUUGCCCCUUUGGGACGUUUGCCUAUCGACGUAUGCCCUUUGGACUUUGCAACGCCCCAGGUACCUUUCAGAGGUGUAUGGUAAGUAUCUUUUCAGAUUACAUUGAGAAAAUCAUAGAAGUAUUCAUGGAUGACUUUUCAGUUUUUGGAAAGAAUUUUGAUGAUUGUCUUAAUAAUCUGGAAAUAAUUCUAAAACGUUGCAUGGAAACUAACCUUGUGCUUAAUUGGGAGAAAUGCCAUUUUAUGGUUAAACAAGGAAUAGUUCUAGGACAUAUUGUCUCUGCUAGGGGAAUAGAGGUUGAUAAGGCCAAGGUUGAUAUUGUGCGUUACUUACCCUCUCCCACUUCUGUGAGAGAGAUUCGUUCUUUCCUUGGCCAUGCAGGUUUUUAUAGGAGGUUUAUCAAGGACUUCUCCAAGAUUUCGAGACCUCUAUGUCAACUACUCCAGAAGGAUGUACCGUUUCACUUUGACAAGGAAUGUCAAGAUGCUUUUGACAAGCUUAAGGAGUUGUUGACGUCAGCCCCCAUCAUGCUACCUCCAGAUUGGUCCUUGCCCUUUGAGUUGAUGUGUGAUGCCUCUGACUAUGCAGUUGGAGCUGUUUUGGGGCAAAGGAAGGACAAACGACCCUAUGCCAUCUACUACGCGGAUGGGUAUUCUGGGUACAACCAAAUCGCCAUUGCUAAUGAGGAUCAAGAGAAAACGACAUUCACAUGCCCCUUUGGGACGUUUGCCUACAGAAGGAUGCCCUUUGGACUUUGCAAUGCUCCAGGUACGUUUCAAAGGUGCAUGGUAAGUAUAUUUUCUGAUUUUAUUGAGAAAAUUAUUGAAGUAUUUAUGGAUGACUUUUCGGUUUUUGGUAAAGACUUUGAUGAUUGCUUAAAUAACUUAGAAUUAAUACUUAGGCGUUGUGAAGAGACUAAUCUUGUGCUUAAUUGGGAAAAGUGUCACUUUAUGGUGAAACAAGGAAUAGUCUUAGGGCAUAUUGUUUCAAAACGUGGAAUAGAAGUUGAUAAAGCUAAAGUAGAUCUUGUUAAGUACUUACCAUACCCCACAAGUGUGAGGGAGGUCCGCUCUUUUCUUGGACAUGCAGGUUUCUACAGGCGCUUCAUCAAGGACUUCUCCAAGAUUUCAAGGCCUUUAUGUCGUCUUCUACAGAAGGAAGUGGCGUUUGAAUUCAAGGAGGAUUGCAAGGAUGCAUUCAAUGCUUUAAAGGAGCUUCUGACGUCUGCUCCUAUCAUGCUUCCACCAGAUUGGUCUCUUCCCUUUGAGAUCAUGUGUGACGCCUCAGAUUAUGCCAUUGGGGCCGUGCUAGGCCAAAGGAAGGACAAGAAGCCCUAUGCCAUCUACUAUGCGUCAAGGACACUAAAUGAUGCUCAACUGAAUUACUCCACAACUGAAAAAGAACUUUUAGCUGUUGUUUUUGCCUUAGAAAAAUUUCGAUCUUAUUUAUUGGGUACUAAAGUUAUAAUUUAUUCUGAUCAUGCAGCUUUAAGGUACCUAAUGUCCAAGAAGGAGGCAAAACCUAGGCUAAUUCGUUGGAUACUCUUGCUUCAAGAGUUUGAUGUGGAGAUCAAGGAUAAGAAGGGCUCUGACAACGUUGUGGCGGACCACUUGAGCAGACUUGUGAGUGAGGAGGACGCCAUACCUAUAGUGGAGAUGUUUCCGGAUGAACAACUCUUCGGAAUUCAGGUAAGUGAGCCUUGGUAUGCAGAUAUUGUUAAUUAUUUGGCAUCUAAAACGUUCCCUAGUGAUAUGUUGCAUGCUCAACGUGAAGGACUUAAGUCUAAAGCUAAACAAUUUGUUUGGGAUGAUCCUUACUUGUGGAAAUAUUGUUCUGAUCAGUUAAUAAGGAGAUGUGUGCCUAAUAAUGAACAAAAAGCUAUACUUGAGUUUUGUCAUGCUAAACAAUGUGGUGGUCACUUUGGCUUUAAUAGAACUGCUAAAAAGGUGUUGGAAUCUGGUUUUUAUUGGCCUACCUUGUUUAAAGAUGCAUAUGAAUUUUGUAUGACAUGUGAUAGAUGCCAAAGAACUGGGAACUUAGGACCUAAAGAUCAAAUGCCUUUAAAUUCUAUAAUCAUUGUCGAAAUUUUUGAUGUUUGGGGUAUAGAUUUUAUGGGUCCUUUUCCUUCAUCUAAUGGUUGUCUUUAUAUUCUCUUGGCUGUUGAUUAUGUUUCUAAGUGGGUGGAAGCGAUAGCCACCAGGACUAAUGAUUCUAAAGUUGUUGCAGAGUUUAUACAAUCUAAUAUAUUUAGUAGGUUUGGCAUGCCUCGAGCAAUCAUUAGUGAUGGAGGUUCUCACUUUUGCAACAAGACCAUUGAGGCUUUACUUAGGAAGUACAACGUUAACCAUAGGGUUUCUACACCUUAUCAUCCUCAAACAAGUGGACAAGCCGAAGUUUCAAACAGGGAGAUCAAGAGGAUACUUGAGAAAACCGUGGGACCUUCAAGGAAGGAUUGGAGCAAACGAUUGGAGGAUGCAUUGUGGGCGUAUAGGACAGCCUUUAAAACGCCAAUAGGGAUGUCACCAUUUCGGUUGGUGUAUGGGAAAGCUUGUCACUUACCCGUGGAGUUAGAGCAUAAGGCUUGGUGGGCCGUGAGGAUGUUUAACAUGGACUUGGAUGAAGCUGGACUCCAUAGGAAGUUGCAACUCAAUGAACUUGAGGAAAUUCGAAAUGAAGCCUAUGAUAGUGCACGGAUUUACAAGGAAAAGACAAAGGCUUUUCAUGAUAAGAUGAUUCGUGGAAAGACCUUUGUAGUUGGUCAAAAAGUUCUUUUAUUUCAUUCUAGACUAAGACUUUUUCCUGAUAAGAAGUAA